GUGUUCAGUAACGGAGAGACCUGCACUCUUUUCCUGGCCACGCUCCUGGGAACGAACAUCUCUCCUCUCCUCUCCUCUCCGCAGUGGCGUGGUGCGAACACCGCCUGAACAAGUAAUGCUUGGAGUGCAGAACCACCUGGAGAGGGCCGCCGGGAAGCUUGAGCUCCCCGUCCCGGCCAAAUUCGUCAUCUCCAGCCGCACGGAUUCCGGAGUCCACGCCCUCUGCAACGCUGCCCAUGUCGAUAUCGAGAGAGAGAACGGCAAGCCGCCUCUCAGCACUGAAGUCCUCGCCGAGGCGCUCAACUACCACCUUGCAGGAGAGCCUAUCAGUGUCCUGAGCGCUUACCGCGUCCCUGAGACCUUCCAUGCCCGCUUCUCUGCCCGGUGGAGGACGUAUGUAUACCGCAUCGCAACUGGAUGCACGCACUUUUCCGAGCUGCCGGUCUUCGAAAGAAACCUGUGCUGGGCCACUUAUCGAGGCCACCUGAACGUCUCGGCCAUGCGGGAGGCCGCGGAGUUCCUGAUCGGGACCCACGACUUCAGCACCUUCCGCUCAGCGAUCUUUGAGUUCCCCGUACGGAGCCCGAUCAGGACCCUGGCCUGGGUGGACAUCAGGCCUGCUUCCAGCUUCCUGUCCCAGCACUGGAAGAACAGUGAGCUGAAGUUUUGGGAGCUUGAAUUUAUAGGCCGCUCAUUUCUCUACAAGCAGGUGCGGCGUAUGGCUGGUGUCCUGGUGGCCGUCGGCCAGAACCGGUUGCAGCCCCGUCACGUGCAAGAGCUGCUGGAGGUCCGUGACCUGAUGGCUUACCCCACAAACACCAUCGCGCCGGCUCACGGGCUGUUCCUCAAGCGAGUGGAGUACUACAGAUCAGGUGAGACAAACAGGCCCCCCGGCUGAGCACCUGCCCCCCUGGCAUUUGCGGUCCGAGAGAACAAGCAACCCAGUGCCCUUCAAUCUGGGACCCUCCAGAAGUCUUGGAUCGCAGCCCCCAUUAUC